UGGUUGGCUCUGAAGCUGUCAAACAGAAUGGAAAAAAGGUUGCAGUUAGUCAGAACCGAAGCCACGACAGCACUGAUAAAAGUGCUCCCAGGCAAAACAAACUCAAACCUGAAGUGACAACUGAAAUGGUACGGUCCUCCAGCAUAAUGGUUUCAGACAAGGCUUCAAUCUUAUCAGAACCAAAGUUUGGACUAAGAGAUACUAUUGUUAAAUCUCAGCUUGUACAAAUGGAGGAUUCCUACACACACAUCCAGAAGUUCAGAUUUUUUGUUGGGACAUAUAAUGUGAACGGUCAGUCACCCAGAGAAAGCCUCCAGCCUUGGCUGAGAUGUGAUGCUGAGCCUCCAGAUAUUUACUGCGUGGGUUUCCAGGAGCUUGAUCUGAGUAAAGAAGCCUUCUUUUUCAAUGACACACCGAAGGAAGAAGAAUGGUUUAAAGCUGUAACUGAUAGUCUUCACCCAGAUGCCAAAUAUGCAAAGGUGAAACUUGUGCGGCUCGUGGGAAUCAUGCUUCUGUUGUAUGUGAAAGCAGACCUUGCUUUGAACAUCUCCGAGGUGGAAAUCGAGACUGUGGGAACUGGAAUCAUGGGGAGGAUGGGUAACAAAGGUGGUGUUGCCAUAAGGUUUAAAUUCCAUAACACUAGUGUGUGCGUUGUGAAUUCUCACCUUGCAGCUCACACGGAGGAAUAUGAGCGGAGGAACCAGGACUUCAAAGACAUCUGCUCUCGGAUGCAAUUCUGCCAGUUGGAUCCAAAUUUGCCCCCUCUCACUAUUGGCAAACACGAUGUGAUCUUAUGGUUGGGUGACCUCAACUAUCGGCUGGAUGAACUGGAUGUGGCAAAAGUGAAGCAGCUGGUAGAUGAGAAGGCAUUUCUAGAGCUUUGCCAAUAUGACCAGCUAAAGAGGCAAAUGAAUGCAAAUGCAGUCUUUGAAGGCUUUACAGAGGGAGAGAUUUCUUUCCAGCCAACAUACAAAUACGAUGCUGGCUGUGACGACUGGGACACAAGUGAGAAGUGUCGUGUUCCAGCAUGGUGUGAUCGGAUACUCUGGAAAGGGCAGAACAUCGCUCAGCUGAGCUAUCGCAGCCAUAUGGCUUUGAAGAUCAGCGAUCAUAAGCCAGUUAGCUCUGUGUUUGAUAUUGGGGUGAAGGUUGUGAAUGAGGAGCUCUAUCGAAAAGCCUUUGAGGAAAUAGUGCGCUCCCUGGAUAAACUGGAGAAUGCCAACAUUCCCUCGGUGACCCUCUCCCAGAGAGAGUUCCAUUUUGAGGAUGUUAAAUACAUGCAGCUGCAGGUAGAGAAAUUUACAAUCCGCAAUGGACAAGUGCCCUGCCAGUUUGAAUUUAUCAGCAAACCAGAUGAGGAAACCUACUGCAAGGAGUGGCUGAUUGCUAAUCCCAGCAAGGGCUUUCUGCUAUCAGAUGCUGAGAUCACAGUUGAGUUGGAGGUGUUUGUUAAUAAAUCAACGGCUACACACUUAAACUCUGGAGAGGAAAAACUUGAAGAUAUCUUGGUCUUGCAUCUUAACAGGGGGAAGGAUUAUUUUCUAUCUGUAACAGGAAACUACUUGCCAAGUUGCUUCGGGUCUCCCAUUCAUACGCUGUGUUACAUGAGGGAACCGAUCCAGGACAUGUCAGCAGAAUCCAUUCGGAAACUUACCCUGAUGCCACUAGAAAUGAGUGAUGAUGCUGCUCAAGCUGAAAAGCCUAUGGACAUUCCAAAAGAGCUGUGGAUGAUGGUGGAUCACCUAUACCGCAGUGCUUCCCAGCAGGAGGACCUGUUUCAGCAGCCAGGCCUCAGAUCAGAAUUUGAGCAAAUCCGAGAUUGUUUGGACAAAGGGAUGCAUGAUACCCUCCUUGGCAGCAACCACUCGGUAGCAGAAGCCUUGCUGCUCUUCCUGGAAAGCCUGCCGGAGCCUGUCAUCUGCUACAGGUUCUACAGCAGCUGUUUGGAGUGUGCCAGCAACUACCUGCUGAGCAGCCAGAUCAUCUCUAACCUGCCAGGGUGCCAUAAAAAUGUGUUUGAAUAUCUAAUGGCAUUUCUACGAGAACUACUGAAAAAUUCAGGGAAAAACCAUUUGGAUGUGAAUAUUCUUGCUAGUAUAUUUGGUGGCUUGUUACUUCGACCUCCUCCUGGACAUCCUACACCUGAUAUAACUGAAAAGAGGAAAGCUCAGCAAUUUAUCCAUCAGUUCCUCUUGAGAGAAGACAAUUUACCGUGAAUUUCAGAUGCAGCUAAUCUGAUUUUUAGUUAUCAAAUUACUGUAAAAAAUAUGGGGGUUUUUGUACAGUAUACUGGCUUUUUUUAAAUAUCACUAUUUUAUACAAUCUGUUGCUUUUGAAGGUGCACAUCAGGCAGUUUGAAUCAGGUAUCACUGUUUAAGCUGUAAAGUAUAUCAAAGUUCUAAAAAAGUUGUAUGUAGACAGGCAAAAAUAUAAAAGCUGAUAUUUACACUGUAUUUUAUUUAACUUGUAUUAAAACUCAGAAUUUUUAAGUCCUUGUUAUUUAAAUAAAAAGAUCUCGGUGCAUUUUUCCA